UAAGCGACUCAAAUCUAAACAUGGAGAAUGUAACAGAUGGAAAAUGGGAAAACUUACCUAUUAAACUUAACGACAGCAUAUUAACGACUUUAAACAAACUGGGAUUUACAUACAUGACUCCAGUUCAGGCUGCCUGCAUCCCGCUCUUCAUGAACAAUAAAGAUGUUGCUGCAGAAGCGGUUACUGGCAGUGGAAAAACUCUGGCCUUUGUCAUUCCUGUGUUGGAAAUCCUCCUUAAACGUGAGGAAAAACUGAAGAAAAUGCAAGUUGGUGCUUUAAUCAUCACACCCACUCGAGAGCUGGCAUUACAGAUCAGUGAAGUAAUGGGCCGGUUCCUUGAGACAUUUCCUCAGUUUAGGUUUGUUGUAGCCAUAAUGAUUUUUAUUAAACAACCGUCACGAGGUGAUGCAAAUGUAUCAUGUAUUUCUCUCUAUCUUAGGCAAAUUCUUUUGAUUGGUGGAAGUAACCCCAUUGAAGAUGUAGAGAAGUUUAAGACCCAUGGGGCAAACAUUGUGAUUGGAACUCCUGGGCGGCUGGAAGACAUGUUCAGGAGGAAAGCUGAUGGUCUGGACCUGCCCAGCUUUGUAAAGGCUCUGGAUGUGCUCGUUCUGGAUGAGGCAGACAGACUACUGGACAUGGGCUUUGAAAUGAGCUUAAACACUAUUUUAGGGUAUUUGCCCAAGCAGAGGCGUACAGGACUUUUCUCAGCUACACAGACUCAGGAGCUGGAGAAACUAGUGAGGGCGGGACUCCGAAACCCUGUUCGUGUUACAGUGAAAGAGAAAGGAGUGGCUGCUUCCAGCAUGCAGAAAACACCAGCAAGGCUUAGUAAUUACUACAUAAUGUGUAGAACAGAGGAAAAGUUUAAUACGCUGGUGGCGUUCCUAAGACAACACAAGCAUGAGAAGCAGCUCAUUUUUUUCAGCACAUGUGCCUGUGUGGAGUACUUUGGUAAAGCUCUGGAGGUUUUAGUCAAAAAUGUCACCAUUCUUUGCAUCCAUGGCAAGAUGAAGGACAAAAGAAACAAGAUCUUUUCAGAGUUUCGGGAGCUAAAGAGUGGAAUACUGGUGUGCACUGACGUAAUGGCUAGAGGCAUUGACAUCCCAGAUGUUAACUGGGUGCUGCAGUACGACCCACCAAGCAAUGCAAGUUCAUUUGUCCAUCGUUGUGGGCGAACUGCUCGUAUCGGGAACAAGGGCAACGCGCUUGUGUUUUUGCUGCCAAUGGAGGAAUCCUACAUCAAUUUCCUGUCAAUUAAUCAAAAAUGUCCACUUCAGCGGUAUCCUCCAGUGAAGGAUGUGGUGGACGUGUUGCCCAAGCUAAAAGCUCUGGCUUUAAGGGACAGGGCUGUUUUCGAGAAAGGCAUGAGGGCUUUCGUGUCUUUCGUACAGGCCUAUGCAAAGCACGAAUGCAGCCUAAUUUUUCGCAUCAAAGAUCUGGACUUUGCCUCAUUAGCACGUGGGUUCGCUCUUCUUCGUUUGCCUAAAAUGCCCGAACUGAGAGGAAAGACAUUCCCCGACUUUGAAGAGAUCACAGACACAGACUCAAUCCGCUACAAGGACAAGAACCGAGAGAAGCAGAGACAGAAAAUGUUACAAGAACAAAAGGAGAAAGAGAAGCAAGAACCAUUCAGGAAGAAUUUUAUCAAAAACAAAUCCUGGUCCAAGCAGAAAACUAGAAAGGACAGAAAGAAGAAGGUGGCUGCUAAAAGAAAACUGGAUGAGGACUCAGACGUUGAUGACAAUGACAUCAAUGAGCUUUUAAAUGACACACGUCUUCUUAAAAAGCUUAAGAAGGGAAAAAUCAGCGAGGAAGACUUCGAAAAGCAGAUAAAUGCAGGACCGAAUUCAAAGCAUAAACGAGCCGGUCCAUCUCAUGAGGACAGUUUAGAGGAGGAGAGUGACUGAACUGCAACAAUGUAAAUGAAUAAACCUGAACUGUUCUAGAAAUCUCCACUCUGUUGCAGUAUGAAGGUAAUGUAUCAUUACUGACUGAUUCUGUGAGGUUAAAAUGUUUGCAACUGUAAUGUAAUCAUCCUUUCACAAAGGUUUUGUAUGUAUUUAAAUGCAUAUUGAAAAGAAUGAGAAUUUAACUGCUCAAUUCAUAUGUUCAUAUGACAGGAUGAACCUGAGAUAUUUCAUGUUUUGUCUGCUCAACUUCAUUUCAUUUAUUAAUAAACACCACACUUAAAAGACGUUUUGGCACUGAGGAUAUUUAGUGUUUCAGCUUUUAUUUUGUCCCAUUCUUCCUGCAAACACGUCUUAAGAUGUGCAACAGUACGGGGUCGUCGUUGUCGCAUUUUUCGUUUUAAAAUUCUCCACACAUUAUCUAUUGGGGACAGGUCAGCACUGCAGGCAGGCCAGUCCAGUACCCGUACUCUCUUCUUCCGCAGGCAUGCCUUUGUAUUGUGUGCAGCAUGUGGUUUUGCAUCAAUCUUGUUGAAAAAUGCAUGGACGUCCCUGGAAAAGAUGACGUCUUGAAGGCAGCAUAUGUUGCUCUAAGAUCUCAAUGUACUUUUCUGCAUUAAUGCUGCCAUCACAGCAGUGUAAAUGAAUAAACCACUGCCAAAAAAUUUUGUAUGGAAAAAGGAUAAUAGCAAUUAAAAUCUACUUUUGAUCACCAGCACAAAUUUGUACUGUUUAGAUUAUUUUCGUGUCAUGGUUGGGCUAUUUGUUUCAUGAUUGUUGUUACUCAGGAAACUUCUGCGGGUCCACAGAAAGAGAAUAGAUGUGUUUUGGCAUGCACCAUGGCUGUUUGUCUUCCUUUGGUCAGGAGGGCAAUUUCUGCAAAACAGCCCAAACAACGAGAAACGGCUGGAACCAGGAAUUUCUUUGUGUUUUUCUUAGUGAAACUGCCUUCCAGCUUUCCAACAAUAAGAUGACCACCUUGUCUUUGAUGAAGACAUGAACAUGUGGGCAGCAGGAGCAUUUUGAAGGGUAAUAGUUCCUUCCAACAGAAGCGAAGAAAGUAAUGAAUCUCUCGCCUGAUGCAUUGCCGUAAAUGUCUUGAAAAUCAGUAAUGAAUAUAUCAGUGUUGUGCGUGAACGAGUUCAAAAGAACGCGUUCAUUGAACACGCUCAUUUUUUCGUGAACGUUGAACUGAACGCAACACAUUUUUAAUAAAGAACUUGAACGUGAAUUAGUUCACAUUAUGUGUCAUGAACGGCAGACAUCACUGUAAAUGAACGUUGGAAUUUGUUUUCCAUUGAAAACUGAGUGACAUCUGUUUUCUCUUUUGAAACGCAACGAGAGAAAGUUCCUCCCUCCUGUAUUCUCGCUGGUGCCGCUUAAAUCAUGUAUCACCAGACAGAAAUGGUUUUG